GAGAAAACCCCAUUCCCCCUCCUCUCCCCCCCCCCGCCCCCAAAUAAAAAGGAAAAGAAGAAAACGCCAUCCCUUAGUAUUUACCCACAGACUCGGAGCGGUGGGAAACCCAACCCACUCCACCUUUCUUCCUCCUCCCUUCUCCCUCCUCUGGUCAUUGAGAGACGAUUAGCAGCCAUGGCACCGGGAUGGCAGCAGCAUCAUGGGCAUAGCCCAAGCGGGGGGUUGGGUUCCGCUCAGAGUCUCCGCUCUCUCCUUGAACCAGCUCCGUCGGUACAGGGUGGGAGGCGAUCAGAGAGGGAACCACGUGCCCUCUUCCAUCUCCUCAUCCUCCCUCUCCUUUUCCUCUUUCUGUUGGCGUCAACGGAAGUCGCCGACUGUGAAUUCGUAGACGACGGGCCGCUGAAAAACGUCAUCACGGAAUGGACCGACGUGUGUGUAAUCGAGUUUGGGCACUUGCACCUCGCUCAGCUUCGAGUCCUCAAGCUCAUCAAGGACAAGAGAAGCAAUGUCAAUCCCGUUGCAGCAGCAGCCUACGCCGGACACUUCGUUCUGCGGACGUUUCACUGGGAGAACCAGGUCAGGUAUGAUUUCCUGCUUCAGACCCAACUCAGGGCUCUGAACCUGACCACCAGACAAAAGAUCCAGGCAAGACAAUUUGCGAUUCGUGUGGCCCUUCCCAUUGUCAGAAAUAGAGUAGAACUCGUUAAGGGUGCGCUCGACUUCUACGAGAAGGUGCCAUCACCACCAAAUGGACCUCCAGGAGUUUUUCAGACAGGAUCUCCUCUGGGUCUUCAUGUUGUUGCAGCGGUUGGGGGGUCUCCUCCAUUGAUCGCGGACCAACCACAAGCUUACGGCCGGUUCAUGCCCGGACUGCCACCUAUACCAAGCCCUAUAUAUAAUGCGGACCUGAAAGAAGUGAGGCUUUACGGAGCCCGCAAUGGGAGUUUGAGGAGCAAAGCACAGGAUGAAAUUAAUGAAUUCUUUACAGCGGCAACUACCUUUGCCGUUCUUCCCAAGCUGGGUAUUAUCAUAGCCAAGAAACUGCUUCCGAGCGAUACGUCAAUAUAUGACACAGCAUACGUCUUCGCCGCACUUGCCAUAGGGUACUAUGAUGUUGCCAUAGCUGUGGCCUGGGGCAAAUGGACACACUACUCCUGGAGACCUCAGACGGCAAUCAGGCAAGGUGACUCCCAGAAUGCGCCAGUACCAGACUGGACAGCAAUCGCAGGCACUACAAUAGAGCCUGAGUAUCCAAGUGGCUAUGCUGCAGUGGCUGCAGUCAUCAAGCCUGCUCUAGAAGAUUACCUUGGUACAGAAAAUACCACCUUCUUCAUCACCACAACUGUAACGGGAAGCAGCAGCAACUUGACCAGGACAUAUCACUCCCUCAGUCAGUUUGCCCAAGAGAUUUAUGACUACAGGAUUCUCAUCGGAGCCCAUUUCCGAUUCGCCGUCCAAGCCGGUCAGAGGGUUGGUAAUGCUGUGGCAGAGGAUAUCGUGAAGCGAUUGAGGGCCGAGUACUAUGGAAAGUCGUAUUAGAGUGUGCCCAUCCAGCUGUCCCGUCGGCUAGCUCAUGUGGCUGAGUUGCACUGCCUAGGUGCUGGGUUCAAGACACGCCAAAUUCGCCAAUGCCACUCUCCAGAGAGAACGAUGAUUCUGGUAAAGUUUUUGGGGCGUUGCACUGCCCGGUAACCCGUAGCUUGUGGGGAGUGUGGCCUGGUAGAGAGACACACACCGGCCUAAACGCAGCCAGAAGGUGUCACCGGGCAUGGCACGACACUGGCCAAAAGCAGGGUUGUUGAUACCAGGGCGUCACGGGGCAUGGAGCUCGUGUUGGUGGGUCCAAGACCCACACUCAGUCUAUGUGGAGACGGGACAUGCCUAAGAAUCUGUUUGUUGAAUAUCUGAUAACCAUGACUCAAUUACAAUGCCUAAUCAGCUUUAGAGAAUAUCAAUUACCGUUGGUUGUUCCCCAAACCACGGAUCAAUUACAAUGUCUAGUCAGGGUGGGAGAUUUAAAAAAAAUAAAAAUAAAAAUAAAAAUAAUAAUAAUAAUAAUAAUAAUAAAAAUUCAAUUACCGUUGGUUGUUCUCCCUGCAUGAAGAACAGAACCUGCGCUUAGUGAAACGAUAGAUAGAAAACGGAGUCAAUUGAGUCUGUGUGAAGCCUAUCUGGCGAGAAUCCAAUUGCUGCUGAAGGAUGGGGAGGGGGGAGGGGGGAGGAGGAAAAACUAUAUCAGCCAUUGAAGGAUGACGGUGGAAGAUGAACUGCUAGCCAUGUUACCAAAUGAUUAGUUAGUUGAGCAUGGACUGUUUGUGCAACGAUGUUAUGAUUGAAUUAGACUGCUGGUCUAUAGAGAGGACCGGGUAGUUCCAGAUCGAUAAGUUGUCUUAAUCCACCAUUCCCACAAGCCGCAUUUUCGAACGCGGAUUUCUGCCGCAUGCGAAAAAAGAAUGAAACGGAGCAGGUGCAAAUUUCCCAGGUUCUGAGUUCCGCCACCCUUUUCCGUCCCAUAGGCUGCCACACGAUUUUGCGCCAGUUAACCCCCCGCGUUGGAAGAAGAUACCUGGGAAACUUACUUUACUGGUGGCUUAAGAGGGCCUUGGGUUUUCUCAAGAAUAAAAAAAGAGGAAAACUAAAUUAGACUCGUUUUCUGGCAAAUGGUAUUCCAUGACUGAAUUCCUUAAAAUUA